AGAGCCAAAAUGUCCGCCUCACGAAUAGCGCAGAACACGACAGUUUAUGACAGCCAUAUUGACCAAUGAAUAUAAUGUACAUGUACUAUAGCCCACCUCUUUAACGUGAUAUCCAAUCAAUGGUUAACGAAGGACCAAGACAUGGUAAUGUAUUGUUUACGUCUGUCGUGAAAGUAGGUCAUUACUGGGACUGACAGGUAGCAGGACAACCCUUAGCUAAAUAGCUAGUAUGCUUUGACGGCUGCAUAUUUGUAAACGCAUCUGCAAAUACCGUUAUCCAAUAUUUGGAAAAUUGCGUGAAGACAAGAAAACCUACGCUUGACAACUGGAGAAGCCUCUCGCUGCGCAGCGAGACGUACUUGAACAACUGUAGGACUGGCUGAUAUGUCAAGAAGAAGCAGGAAUAGUCGGGCGUGGCGUUACGUUUGGAGUGGUAUUCGGCGAGAUGCAGACGCAAGAGCUCUUAUUCAGGCCUCGGAGACUGAGUACAGUGACUCGGACUCUGAAGUGGAGUUUCCUGCAGCAGUGCCCCCUGUACCAAGUGCUGUCCCUGUGACUGGCGAGUCCUACUGUAGCUGUGACUCUCAAAUUGAGGCCAGCUGCAAUCCCCGCCUGCGUGGCUUCACACAUAUACACGACUGCCACUGUGGAGAGGAUGACCAGGAUUUUGAUUGGGUGUGGGACGAUGAUAGCCGGUCAGCAGCGACACUGCUGAGCUGUGAAAACAGGAAGGUGAGCUUCCACUCAGAGUACAGCUGUGGCACAGCCGCCAUCAGAGGCUCCAGAGAGCUCACCGACGGACAACACUUCUGGGAGAUCAAGAUGACAUCACCUGUCUACGGGACUGACAUGAUGGUGGGGAUUGGAACUUCUGAUGUGAACCUGGAUAAAUACAGACACACAUUCUGCAGCCUAUUGGGCAAGGAUGAGGAGAGCUGGGGGUUAUCAUACACAGGCCUGCUGCAUCAUAAAGGAGACAAGAUCAGCUUUUCAUCACGCUUCGGCCAAGGCUCCAUCCUUGGAGUGCACUUGGACACCUGGCAUGGCACACUCACAUUCUUCAAGAACCGAAAAUGUAUAGGUGUGGCGGCAACCGAGUUGCAGAACAAGCAGGUGUUCCCCAUGGCGUGCAGCACCGCAGCCAAGAGCAGCAUGAAGCUCAUCCGCUCUGUGUCUGCGCCCACUUCCCUGCAGUACCUGUGCUGUGCGCGCCUGCGCAAGCUCCUCCCGUCCGGGACUGACGCCCUGGGGGUGCUGCCCCUGCCCCCGGGCCUCCGUCAGCUGCUUCACUCCAAACUGGGCUGGGUCCUCACCCUGGACCACACGCAGAACCACACGCAGUCUCACGGCCACACACACACGCCUCCCGGGCCGUCCUCCAGCAGCGACUCAGAGGGCUGCACCUCUGACCCCGAGGCCUGCCAAAGGAAGCGCUGUCGUUGGACCUGAUACAUGUACACACACACACACACACACACACGCACGCACGCACGCACACACACACACACACACACACACACACACACACAGGGCAAACAUGCAAAGGUAAGAAAUGAAUACAGUGCGUGCACACAGAAAACACUUAACUAAAGUAUUUGUGUUCUAAUGCAAACUGCCAGGGGUUUUCAAUUCCCUUUUUAAGAUAUGAAAAAAUGCAAUGAUCAAUGGUGUUUGUUUCUCAAUGGGCAAACUACUCUGUAAUUAACAAAAGGUAGCAUUGCCCUUUACACAUCAAGUCUCCAUUUUCAGUAGAUUUCUUCCUUAGCCAGAUGGGAGUGCUUUGUGGAGGCUACCUUUUGAAAACCCCUGGUAUAGUCAAACACAAACAUGUGCAAAACCCCACCCAGACAUGAGAAGACCUAUGGGGCCAACUGUAUUCUACCAAAACUGUGACUAAACAUCAGUUCAGUAUGUAGCUAGAAAAGCUAGGUACAAUUACUUUCAUGCAUUCCAACACUGUAAAAGUAUCUUGUGUUGGUCUAUACAUUGUAAGCAAGCAUUAACUGGAUGUUAAAGGUUCUCAACAGUAUUUAACCCCAUAAGAGUAUUACGGAAGCAAAACAAGUUAGUUCUGUACACCCAUACACUAGACUCCACAAAAGUCCAACUAUAUUUUGACUUGUUCAUAUUUAGUCAAACUGUUACUGACUACUCCUUCCUGGAUCUCGCACCGGAAGUGCUGCUACCUGAAAGCAGGAGAUAAUGUGUUACGGUCUCACGCUGCCCUCUCAUACGUGGCCAAGAGUAACCCUACCCCCUUUCCGCUGUUUCUUUGGCAUGUAUGAAAGGUUCAUGUUAGGCUUUCGGCAGUUUGGUCAUGCUGCAGCUCCAUAGGCCAAAAUUACUAAGGUAUCUGGAUUAGUAUUUUAUUUAUUUAUUUUUGGAUAAUGGUCCUCUGAGCAGUACACUGCAGUAUAGGAACGGCACUCGCGGCCCGAAUCAUGCAGAUUUUCCUACCCUGAUGUGUAUGUGUUUCUCGUGCUCUAAAAUAGAUGCCGCUUUAUCCAUCACCCAUUAUCUUUUUUUUUUUUUAAACAGGACCUUUUAUAAAAAAUAUGUGCCCUUAUGAGUUAAUGUACUUUCUCUUGUGCCAGCUUGUGUACAAUUGAAGUCUCAUCUUGAGGAGUAAUGAACACCCCCAUCAAAAUUUGGAAGAUUAGUUGCAAAGGGGAUUGUGGUAAAUCUGUGGAAUGUGGAGCACUCCUUGUUUGUUUGUGUCUGCAGAUGCACUUACGAUGUCCACUCACUCAUCCACAAGUAAGUCAAGCAAAUUUGUGGUAUGAGUGUGUAAGAUGAUCAGUUUGCAUACUUAAGUCGUGUAAGGAGUGUUCCAGUGCCUUGGGCUCUGUCGUUUUAACAAUGGCAUCAUGGGUGACAGAUUUAUUGAAAAUGUUACUCAGACACUUUUUUUCCCAUGUCUUCAUUUUUUAAGCUGUUUUAUUAUGGGGAAACUCCUUUAUUGUGUCUUUCUUCUGUGGGUCUUAAUCUAAUACAUACACACUAUAUAUAUGUUUUAUAAUUGUCUGUAAAAAGAAAAGUUUUGUUAUGCAUUAAAGCACUUUUGCUUAUUUGUAUGUAUAUAAAUUUAAAUAUUUCAACUAUGCUGUCAUCUGUACAUAGUGUAUGUAUAAGCCUAGUCUCUAUUUGCAUUCUGUAUAUCUUAAGCAUGGCCUUUAACCGAAUUAUGGUGUUAAAAUGAAACAAUAAAUAUGCACAAAAUCA